CCAACAUCAGCAUUUUUGGUAAGUCAAGACAGCUUUUCUUGCACACUUCCCAGUUGGUCUUUUAUGAUGAAACAACAAACGUAUCAAUCUGUCAAUCCCCUGAUUCAUAGUGAUGAUAAAUACGGCUGUCCAAGGCUUCUGAUCCUUUUGCCAAUUCAUUUCUCCUGUUCACACACGCAAGCUUUCUUUUCACGAACUGCUUCUAACCAAGAGAAAAAUAGGCACUCCAUCGUUUUCACACACAGUCACAAUGGCAUCAACCGAGGACGACAGACAAGUGCGGAUCUCCAAGAUCGCCGGCCGGUAUCUCGUCUUUGACAUUGACGAUGUUACGUAUAUCCGCCGCCAGCAUGGCAUCUGCGCCGUUUUCACGGGCACCAUGCCGCAGAAUCCCACUCAGAAUGUCUUCCUAGGAUUGCCGCUGGAGCUGUAUGCCGAGGAUGCCAAGAUGCUUUUGGACAGGAAGGUUGCCUACAUUGCCGAUGACCCUUUGGAACACUUGACCCGGUUGAAGUCGAUGGAUGACGAGACGCGCAAGUCGUACCUGCAGUCCAUCAAGACGCAGCGGAGAACUGCCCAGCUUGUGAUCGAUGAGGCCAAGGCACAGUCUCAGGCUAGGCACAAGGACAAGCGCAAGCCUAAACAGCCACAGCCCCCUGUUGUCGUUCCCACUGAACUGCCGCCUGCAUCUGUCGACGACGCCGCCGCCGUAGAGCAGGAAGGAGGAGAGGAGUUCCUCUUCGAGUCAUCAUCAAACAAGCCAGUCAAGACGGCGCCGGCGCCGCCUCAGAAGCCGCCGGUCAAGGAGCAACUGCCUGCAAUCACCCCCACCACCAGCAAUGCCAUGAUUUCUACCGGGACAAGUAAUCCUGAUGUCGAAAACCACACUGCGCUGCCAUUGUAUUCGUACUUGAACGAGAGGGGAUACUUUAUCACUCCAGGUCUGCGCUUCGGUGGUGACUUUAGUGUUUAUCCCGGCGACCCUUUCCGCUAUCAUGCUCAUUAUAUGGCGAACAGCUACGGGUGGGAUGAGAAGAUUCCCAUGUUGGAUCUUGUUACUAGUGGUCGUUUGGGAACGGCUGUCAAGAAGAGCUUCCUCAUGGGAGGGCAGAAGCCGGCGACAGAUGAUAGUGAAGCUGGCGAGUUGAGGGCGUUCUGCAUUGAGUGGGCGGGCAUGUAGUUUCAGGCAGCUUGAGCAUUUGAUUGAAGCGAUGAUACCCAUUACAACCAUAUC